AUGGCUCAACAACAGACCACGCCUUUGGGUGAUGUGCUGCCGCUGCGCCACAUCGCUGGCACUGGCAGCUCGAUCCUAGAUCAACCGCAAGGGAAAACAUCAAGAGCAGAACGGGUGGUCGAUUCCUCGACCCCCAUCCUCCAUCUCUAUCUCGACUUCGACACGCCGCUGCCGUCGCCGCCGUGGCCCCCGCGCCAGACUCCCGGAACCAGCAUACCACGCUGUCCAGACCUUCGCGCCUACACCUCACCACUAGAAUGGAGUCCGGCGCGCAAGAGCGUCCUGCUCGUGCUGUCCUGCCUCGCCACGUUCCUCACCGCCUAUACCGCUGGCGCAUACUCGCCGCCCGCUGGCCUCAUGGCUGCUGAUUUUGGCACUUCCCGCACUGCCGUCAUGGCCGGCAUCACCACCUUCUGCGCUGGUUUCGGCUUCGCACCUAUGGCGCUCGCGCCGCUCUCCGAGGCCUGGGGCCGCUACCCCAUAUUCGUCGUCGCCGGUUGCGUCUACCUCGUCUUCCAAGUCUUGUGCUCUGUCAUGCCCCACGUCGCCGGCAUGCUCGUGUGCCGGCUUUUUGUCGGCGUGGGCGCGUCGGUGUUUAGCGCGGUCGUCGGGGGUGUCAUUGCGGACCUCUGGGGUAAGGAGGACAGGAACACGCCCAUGGCGCUGUUCAGCGGCUCCGUGCUCCUGGGAACGGGGGCUGGCCCGCUGGUCUCGGCGGCGCUGAUUGACAUCAUCAAAGAUCGCACGAGGGCGUGGCAGUGGACAUUUUGGCACCAGGUCAUCAUGGAUGCGGUCCUUGUGGGCUUUCUUAUUGUCUUUUUCAAGGAGAGUCGUGCGUCUGUCCUGCUCACUCGGAAAGCCAAGAUUUUGAAUGCCUGGUAUGUCAAGUUGGAGGAGGCGGGAGUGUGCGGCGUCUGGAUCUGCUUGGAAAACGUCAACGUAGCCUCUUCCUCCGAAGUGUGGCUAUCCCAGAGUCGUGACUCAUACUCCGAUGACGCAGACCGUCCAGCGGAACCUCAGACACAAUCGCUACAGCUUCGUCGCGUCCGUUGGGUCGUGAAGGCGGAUGAGCUGCGUCCUACUCUCAAGGACCUAGUCACUACCUCCAUCGAAAGACCAUUCGCUCUCCUCUUCACGGAACCAGUAGUCUUUUGCUUUUCGCUUUGGGCGGCCUUUUCUUGGGGUGUGCUGUACCUUUCCUUCUCGGUCGUGCCUUUCCUGUACAAUGGAGACUUGGACAUGUCAAGUCGCGUGUACAUCUCUAUGAUGGCUGCGACCGCCGUGGCGACCAUCACUGGCGUCUUUCAAGAACAGCUUCUUAAACAUCCAUCUUGGAAGAGCAUCGAAGCUGGGGGCCGCCCUACGGACUCCAGGUUCUGGCGGCUCAUGCGCCGCAAAUUCCCUGCCGAAGCACCGGAGUCGAGACUGUACUUUGCAUGCAUCACGGCCAUGCUCCUGCCCGCUGGUCUGUUCAUCGGAUUCCUUUGUCCGAACGACUGGAAGGCCUAUGCCCAAGCAAUUGGCCUAGGCUUCGCGCUCUGGGGUAUUUAUUCCGUCUACCUUGCCACAUUCAACUACCUCGCAGACACCUACCAUGUCUAUGCGUCUUCUGCCUUGGCUUCUCAGAGCCUUUGUCGCAAUCUGUUGGGAGGAGCUUUCCCUCUCAUUGCCACGCCGCUGUUCCGCAAUCUAGGUACACGGGCGGCGGGUGGUAUGCUCGGUGGCAUUGGCACGGCGCUGACCGUGAUUCCGUGGGUGCUCGUCUUCUUCGGACAGCGAAUUCGCGCGAGGAGUAAAAUCGCCAUCUCUCUUCAGAAAUAA